GAGGAAUAGGCUGCUUCCAUGUAACACAUAACACUUCGGAACAUUUUUAAUAAUUAACACCAAAUAAGCCUAAAAUGAGAGUCGUGAUUAAAAGCCACAAUAUUUGAAUUGUUUGGUGAAAGGUUCGGUUUCAUUGUUGACAGAACGAAAAUUGGCUUGGAUCAAAAUGUGUGCGGACCAAACUUGACCAAAUUCAUACACUGUGUUCACAAUGAUGAUCAAACACUCCAGGAUUUACUUCAUGUUUUACAUGCAGAUUCACAAGAAUCGUGAUACGUGAUACAAGGAUUUUAAGAUUUAGAGUAACACAUAAGAUGUUAUCCCAAUAUUCUAGAAAUUGGGUUCAAUUUCGAGGCGUAUGAUCGGAAGAUGGAGUUUAAAAGACAAUGGAUUUAAAAUUACUCAGGGAAUAUGGAUUAUUUUGUGUUGACGAUAAUUUGAACAAUACUAACAAGAUUUAUUAGCCUUGCUACAAAGACACUGAUCUGAACACAGGAAUAAUGAGUGGCCCAUAUGUACUGAGGGACAAACAUCCCAUGGAUAGAAGGAAUUCUAGUCCUAGCAUAAGAGGUCCUCAAUUGAAUCUGACUAAAAGUACAAGUUCUCCGGUAUCUCAAAGAAGAAAUACCAUCCAUUUUCAAGAUAGAAAUUCUAGUUAUAACAAUCAAGUUUAUAGUAAUUAUGGUCCUGUUGAACAGAAUCGAAGGAUGAUAAGUCAGACAGUAAGCAAUAUGUUCUAUGGUAUAGAUGAUGACAAUAUUAAUCAUAUGAGGACUGCAACUCCUGAUUUUAAUACAGGGACUAAAAGAACUGAUUGUUCAAUGAAAUAUGGUUCAGAAAUAAGCAACAAUAGUAGUGGACAACCACAGAGGACUAAUUACACUGAAAACUGUGUUGGGAAUAAAAGUUAUGCCUUUGAAACGGGAACUAGCAGCACAGUAAAUAAAGACAAAAAUGAGAAUUCGGAUCAUCCAAUAAGGAGCGCUGCCACCAGUGAUAAUUCAGACAUGGAUAAAAUAGUUUAUAUUGGAUCAAAAGCAUCAAAAGCAGGAUCUACAGGGAAACAAAGUCCCAUAUGGAUAAAAAGGAAAAGUAGUCCCGAUCUUCAGAUUACAAAUCCUCAGUUUGCUCGAAUCAGAGGUUUAGAAUUAGAGCGCAAUAGUCAGCAAAGGGAUGAUGGGAAUUUUAGUCCUAUUACAAGGGAUAGAAGUUACUCUAAUCCCGUCCCCGUGCGUCCGAGGAAUUAUAGUCCUAUAUCAAAAAGGAAUGAAAGUCCUAUACCUGGAUAUAGCCAUGAACAUGAGAUUGAGAGAAAAUGCUAUAGUCAUGAAUGGUCUCA